AUGGAGGCUUCUGUUCGAUUAGCUAGGAACUCAUGUAGGCACGUGCAUUGCUUUGGAUUUACAAAAUGUCUCUAUAUAGACACAUUUUCAUACGACUUAAAUCAUCUAGUUGAAGAGGUGAAAAAACACUAUCCAUCACAAAGCGAUAUUGUUUUGUCAAUAGUAUUUGUUGACAAAUAUGCAAAAGAGCAAUGCUUUAUUGAACUUGAUAAUGAUAAGAGUUUCAUGGUGAUGUUAAACAUGUAUAAUGAUGAGAAAGAAGUGACAAUUUAUGCGACAACUGAAAAAUUAAGGUAUAACCCUAAACCGUUAAGUUGUCAAGAUAAAGUUAUUGAUGAAUCUGAUGAUGAAAAUGAAACAGACUCAGUUUGUCCAAGUCAAGAAAGCUAUCAUAGUCUUCAUAGUUCCGAUAACGAAUAUGAGCUUCUAAAUUAUAGCGAAACUUAUGCAUAUAGUACGAUGAAUCCAUUUAUGAAAGUGAAUUCUAAAUUCCCAAGUGUAAAGAAAUUUAUAGAAACUCAUUCUUGUACUCGAAGCAACAAGAGUGGUAACAAACAUGCCACUCAAGGAUGGAUUGCUGAUGUUGUUACCGACAAGUUGAAAUCUGAAGGCGAUGUCUCUCCUGCCGACCUAAAAAAGUGGCUUAUGCAUACCUACAAUGUUGAAGUACCAUAUAUGAGAGUCUUUAGAGGAAGAGAACAAGCUUAUACCGAUAUGUAUGGAAAGUGGGAUGACUCUUAUGUAAAUAUAUAUGAUUUCAAACAAGAACUUGAAAAAAGAAACCUAGGAAGUGUGGUGGAGAUUGAUUUACAGACAGUUGGUGAAAAGAAACAUUUCCUACGCUUUUUUAUAUCAUUAACAGCAUGCUCUAAGGGGUUUCUUGCUGGUUGUCGUCCUUACAUUGGGCUUGAUGCUUGUCAUUUGAAAGGGAAAUUUAAUGGUGUGUUAGCCGCUGCCACAAGUAUCGACGGUAACAAUGGUAUGUUUCCAGUAGCCUAUGGUGUGCUUGAGGCAGAGAAUACAAAAUCAUGGACUUGGUUUCUCACGUCACUAAAAAAAGCGAUUGGUACACCAAAUGGUCUUGUUAUCUCCUCUGACAUGCAAAAAGGCUUGGAAUUAGCUAUUACACAGGUUUAUCCUAAUAUUGAGCAUCGAGAAUGCAUAAGACAUUUAUGUAGCAACUUCAAGAAACAUUUUCGAGGUGACUUUUUCAUGAGCAAGCUAUGGGAGGCUGCAAAUACCUACUCUCUUAGUAAGCAUGAUAGAUUGUUAAAUGAAAUUGCUACUAAAUGUGCAGAUGCAAUUUCAUAUUUGAAUGAGAACCAUAAAAAGAUAUGGAGUAGAAGUAAGUUUGGCACACUUGUCAAGUGUGAUUACAUUACCAACAACAUUUCAGAAACUUUUAACUCUUGGGUAGGUGACAUACGUUAUAAACCGGUGCUUGAUCUCCUUGACGCAAUUAGAGAAAAACUUAUGGAACGAUUUGACAAGAAAAGAAGUAAGAACUUGGGUGAAUAUCAAGUUUGUAGAAGCGGUGAUAAUAAAGCAGAAGUGAAGUACAAAGGAUAUCGUGGGAUGUUGUAUUGGAUGAGAAAAAGUGUAGUUGUCGAAAAUGGCAAGUUACAGGCCUUCUUCGACAAGUUUAAAGAAGCAUAUGCUUUAGAAAUUGGUCCGAUGCCUGGAAAAGAUCAAUGGGUAAGUAUAGAGACAGUCGAAAAGAUAUACCCUCCUAUUAUAAAACGACCGCCUGGACGACCUAAAAAGAACAGAAUUAUACCACAUGACGAGCCCAAAAAAAAGACACAGAUGUCCGCGUUGUGGUAUGUAUGGACACCAUCAAAGGACUUGCAAAAAUCCCGCGUCUCAAGGUUUUGA